UCCUACUGAAAGCUGCUCUGCAGUACAUCAAGGUGGCCCUAGAGACCAAAAAUAUCCAUUCCUUUCCCAGCCACACAGCAUGGUUGCUAAACGUGGCUAUCUAGAAAACAAUACACUUAAAGCAAAAAAACAGCCAGUAAACAUGGUGCAGCCUUCCCACAUGGGAAGUAAUACUAAGAUUGUGGUUAAAAGAUGUUCUUAGUGACUCCAAACUGGAAACAUCACUAGGCAGCAGAUGACUGUAAAUGACAAAGCAAGUUAGCUUCCCCUGCACCAGAGAAUUCCUCAGUGAUAAAGACGAUCUGGGAUAAUUUUUUUCUCCGUGCCCUAAACCACUUUCUACUUCAGGAUGGGCAGUUUUCCAGCCCUGCUGCUCUUGCUGGCACUACCAGGAUCGUGCAUGCCAGGAGAGGACACACAAGUGUUUCUGCAAGUAGAGGGAGACUCCUUCAGAGCUAACUGUUCAUAUGAUGUGCACAAGCAUUUACGUGAGAAGAAAUUCUGGUGCAAGGAGCUAUCAGAAAAAUAUUGUCCAGUCUUACCCUUGAGUUUCCCUUCAGAAGAAGGGAUUAAUCCUAACCGUGCACGGCAUCGUCCUGUUCAGCUGAGAGACUUUGGAGGCGGCUGGUUUUCUGUUUUCAUGGCAGCACUUCGAAGAGAGGAUUCUGGCACGUACCAGUGUGGAGUCUGGGUAGAUCUGAAGCAAAUUUUGCUGCAAAGAAUACAGAUGGUGGUUUCACCUAAGGAACCUGUAAUGAUAUUUGCAAAAAAAGGGAAAUCCCUGUUCCUUCACUGCUCCUAUUCUGUGACAGUCAACGUUGGGAAGCUUCAGCAUUUUAUGUGGUGCAAAAUGGUGUCCCGAGCUAGAUGUCAACCUAUUAUCAGAGCUAACGCUGAUCUAAGUAUCAUUAAAGUAGGAAGGACUGAAAUGAUGAAUGACUUCUCAUGGAAAAUGAUUAGAGUGUGGCUGAAAAAUCUCCAGCUUAAUGACUCAGGAGAAUACCAUCUCGAGAGCCAUUUCCAAGGGAGAAACAAACUACUGAAGAGGAUCAUGCUGAAAGUUUUGGGGGAAAACUGGAAACUGGAUGCCAGCCCCACAGAUGCCAGCAAAAAGGACCAGAGGACUCUUUAUGCUGUCAUGGUGCUGAGUUCCUUCCUGGCUACAACCGCCCUGAUUGCUACUGUUACACUCCUUGUCACCAGCUACAUCAGAAGGAAAAGGGCAGGAAAAGGGAUGGACUUUGGCAGACAUCCUGAUUACAGAAAAGGAGUGCUGCAGAAGGAUGGAAGAAAAAAAGCAAGUAGAACUUCAGAUGGGGAUAAGAAUGACUGCACAACGUAUGCUGUCUUAAGGCACCAACCUCAAGCAAAGCCUGAAGAUGUUACAUAUGUCAACGUACAGCCUUCACCAAAAGUUUUAUUCCACCUUGAAGAACCACCAGGGAACUCAGUUUUCUCGGGGCCUGUAGAAUACGCUACUGUUUUCUUCAGAGCCACGGCUCCACAUUCUGGAAUUGAGAAAGAGAAAAACAGGUCCACCUAAACGAAGCAGCACAAAGCCUUGGGUUUAUUCGUAGAAUUUUGCUGCACCGGGCUUAGAAACAAUCCAUUUGUAACCGGUUGCUGAAGCUGGGUACACACGGGAUUGCCCGGUUGAAAGCUGCUGAAAGGAUGAGACACAUGGAUGCACACACCUUCCCUGAAAAAAUAACCACACUUUUCCAGUAUUGAAGCAUCACAAUUCAGCUAUUAGGAAGCAAACGCAGAGGAAGGCUGUAGUAUAUUUGCUUUUUCUAAAUUGCUCUUUUUUUUAAACAAUGAACUCUAAACCCAAAUACAGGAAACAGAUUCUCUCUCAUGGCAACAGAUCCAGUGCCACAGCCAGCAAUGGGCUUUGAGAUACGGGAGCAUGACACUUCCUUCUAGAGUUGUAACUUCAAAAACUCAACCUAAAUAGUUGCAUAUAAAAUGUUAUUCAUUACCCAUGCUUAUUAGGUCCAAAUCUGCAAAGUGGUAAAGCAUCUGCUGAAUUU